AUGUCCGGCCGAGCAGGACUCCCAAAAGUCCUCUCCUCUUCGCUGAGAUAUCUCCAAACCUCCGCACCUCUGCCGCCAGCAAGCAGCAGCUCCUUCCCCCACCCUGCCUCCCCCUCAUCCGUAUCCUCAUCCAGCUCGACCUCCGCCUCCGCCGCAUCCUCGGCCUCUUCAUCCCGCCUCCCUCCCCUCCUCCCCCCAUCUACUCCCACACCCUCCUCCACCACCUCCGCACUCUCCCUCAUCGCCUCCCAAUCCACCCCCUCGACCGGCCGCUACCUCGUCGCUCGCCUCCAUUCACGGACAUACCUCCUCCAUCCCCGAGACAUCCUCACCGUUCCCACCCUCAAACCGCUCUCACCGCCCGGAACCGUCCUCGCUUUGACACGUAUCCUCGAAGUGGGCUCUCGCGACUAUGCGAUCCGCUCGCCCGCCGCGGGGGGCCAUGAGCGCCGAAGGGAAUUGAGGGAUCCAGAGAGGAAGUUAGGGAGUUGGAAGGACGAUACGGUUCCGGCCCAUGUGGCUCGGUGUGGAUUGACGGUGCUGGAGCAUACCAAGAGCCCGUUGGAGUUGAUUGUCAAGAAGAAGAGGAGGCAGGGGUACAAAAAGACGAUUCAGCACAAGCAGGGGUGGACGCGGUUGAGAGUAGGGGAUAUAGAGCUGGGGAGUGGGGAGGGGUCAGCAUGA